AAAUUUUACAUUUGAAAUGUAGCGAGCGCUUUUGGGCCUUUGUUGACAAAUUAAUAAUAUUAAAUGCCCUUCAAAUAUAUGAGCAAAAUUGUUUUCGAUACUAUAACAUCCGGUUCGAUUAAAUUUCCAGCUGACAUUCGAUAUUUAUUUUAUACUGUGAGCAAUAAGUAUGCAGAAUUUAGCCAAAAAAGUAUCGAUAAAAUUCCACAACAUACGGCUUUUAGUCUGGAUAAAACAACAGUGUUAAUAUUUGGGGGAUAUCGCCAAAAAAUUAAUUACACUUGUAUCAAUGCAAUUAUUGAAAGUUACUUGAAAACAAAAGAUUAUAAUGUUAUCGAAUGUGAAUAUCUAUUAAUAUCAAAGUCAGAUGCAUCUUAUAUUGAAGCAGUGCAAAAUGUUCCAACGAUAGGACAAGCUGUAGCAAAUGAUGUAAAUAAAUUAAUGGACUUGGGUGUGUCUCCAGAUCGAAUAGUAUUCGUUGGACACUCAUUAGGGGCACAUAUUGCCGGUACAGUUGGUCGAUAUACAAAAACCAAAAUAUCAAAAAUUAUUGGUUUAGAUCCAGCAGGACCGUUAUUCGAUCAAGGUUUCGCCAUACCAUUAGCAACUGGUAACGCCCAAUAUGUUAUUGAAAUAAUAACCGAUGGUGGUAUAUAUGGUACCAAUAGUCCAGGAGGUGAUAUUAAUUUUUUCCCAAAUUAUGGUCGACGUAUUCAACCUGGAUGCCCGUCACAUUUCAUACCAUUUUCUGGACGAUCAACAGAUUUUUGUAGUCAUGAAAGGUCUUGUGUUUAUUGGGCGGAAGCAAUACAAUCAAAAUCAUUUAUCGGAGUUAAAUUGGAUGUAAAUGGUAACACGAAAGAUACAGCUAUCUUGGAGCCUUCAUUAACGGGCAAAAUCGGCAAUUAUUACCUUCGAACAGCAACAAAAUCACCUUUUGGAUUAGGAAAAGCUGGAACAAAAUGUUUAGAAACAAAAUGA